AUGCUCAGAUUGGUGUUUGUUGCUAGAGAGUUUUUUUUUUCUUGGAAGAUUGCAUGUGAUCAGCACAGGGCCAAUAAGUGCUGCGCAGAAAGAGGGUCAGGGGUUUUGCAUCCUCCUAGAGCAAAAUGAAAACUCCUCCUACAAGCUUUAACAUGUGCUCAGCUGAACAUUGAUAGAAGUCACAAGACUGUUAUAUACUGCUGAUGAGAAAAGGUAUUUAGCAGUUUAUAAUUGCUAAAAUAAUUGCAUUCCCAUGUUCUGUGUCCUGUGGGUGACCAGAUAUAAUGAAUGCAGGGUCCUGGG